UGGGACACACCUUUAAUUCCAGCCAAAGCUACACAGAGAAACUCUGUCUUGGAAAAAAGAAAAAAAGAGUGGAUCUGAUGAUCUCUACAACCUAGGCUACCAUUGAACUUGAGAUCCUCCUGCCUCAGCCUCCUGAGUGCCAGGAUUGUGGAUGUGUAUCCAGGUUCUUUGUUCAAGAUUUUACAAGGAUGUGUGAUACUGUUUUUCUUAGCGUAUGUCUGGAUCUGCUGGGUGCCAGGGUUUCAGUUUGGGGGAGCUCCCUGCUUCCCAGAGUGUGAGCAGUGAAGUGGGUCCCAGCUUCUCACUGCAUUUCUUUCUGGUUGAGAUUCUCACAGCACUGGGGGUGCCACAGUGUCUCCUUGUGGCUGUGGUUGGCAUUUCUUGGUGACUAAUGGUGUUGGGUAUCUUCUUGAUGCUCAUUGGCUGCUUGUACAUCUUCUUUGGAGAAGCAUUGCCUUGCAUCCUUGACCGUCUUUGCUGUGAGUUUCUUGGUCUAGCAGGUGUAUCAAGCCUGCAGCCCUCAGGCCACAUGCAUCUCUGGAUAGCUAUGAAUGCAGCCCAGCACAUUCAUGAUGCUGCUACCUCCAUAGCACAUGGUGAAGUCUAAACCCUUACUGGGCGCUACCUUCAAUCUUUUCUCCACAUCCCAUAUCCCUUCCCCUUUUUCCUUGGCUUUCUUGAGAGCACAGAGGGUUUACUGUUGAGGAAAGUUUUUUUUGUAGCAAUCCUCCUGCCUCUGCCCACCCCGAGUGCUGGCAUUACAAGCUGGCACCACCAUGCCUGGCCAGGUUACCUUUUUAAUCCACAAGACUAGGGAGCCAAUUUGGGGCCCCUAGGUCUGACUCUGACCACAUUUCAUGUCUUCCGAAUUUCAGUUUCUCCUCCUGAAGACUUGAUCACUGUGAGCUUAAGACCAGCCUAGGCCCCAUAGUGAGCUGUAGGUCAACCUGAGCUACAUACAUAGCAAGACCCUGUCCAAAAUGAAUGGAUGAACAUUAGGGAAUGACUUUACAGCCUGGCUUGUCCAGAGCAUCUCACUUGCAGCAAAACCAUUGUUUUUCAUGCUCUGUACAAGACUCAGUAAAUUGCCUGAGUCGGCGCUUUGUGUCAGUGUGGGCCAACAGGAGACUAUGUUCUGAGCAUGUCCAAGGUGGGCCCACCCAUGCUGUUGUGUUCAUUAGAUGGAGUGGGUGCAUUUUUUGCUUUUUUAAGACACAGGAUCUCUUGUAGCCCAGGCUGACCUACAAACUCGAUAUAUAGCCAAGGAUGACCACAGUGUCCUGACAUGUGUGCCUCUGCACCCAGUUUUGUGAGUAUAUUCUGGAUGUGGGCAUUUUCAGCUUCCUGUGCACAUGGGGGAGGACUUGCUUUCGCGUCUGCUGGUCACUUCCUCUUUUUGUUCUGUUUUUGUGUUUGUGUUUGGAGUUUUCGCCCUCCUGUGUUUCCAGUUCCUGUGUGGCUGGUCCUUAUUUCUGUUGUUCGCAGUUCUGAGGGCUGAGCCCUGUCCGUGCCGGGCAGGUGCUCUACCACGGAGUCACCUUUCCAGCACCUGGCUUGUCUGUUUUCAUGAAGCAUCUUGUGGGGGUUGUUCCUGGGAGACCAGGAGUCGAUGGAGCCACGUGCUGGGUUGAGUGUGAACUGGAGGACAGAUGAUCUAUAAGACCAAUCACAGAGCAGCUUUGAAGAAAGUGCUGCCCUCAGCCACCAAAUUAGGAUGAGGAGGAGCUUGCUCAGCCACCUAUCAGGAUGGGGAGGAGCUUAUACUGUAGUUACUCGCUGUGGCCACUGAAAGAGGACCAUGCUGUUGGGGAUGUUGUUUAAGCCCGAUUAACUAGGGUUGGUGUGUAUCGGAACCAUGAUGGGCGAGGGCUGCCUGUAAUUCAGGACUGGUUACAUCAGCGGUCAGCAAAGGCAGCUGCUGAAGACGGAGCUGGGGUCCUUCUUCACUGAGUACCUGCAGAACCAGUUGCUCACAAAGGGCAUGGUGAUCCUUCGUGACAAGAUACGCUUCUACGAGGGACAGAAGCUGCUCGACUCGCUGGCGGAGACCUGGGAUUUCUUCUUCAGUGACGUGCUACCUACGCUGCAGGCCAUCUUCUACCCCGUGCAGGGCAAGGAGCCGUCGGUGCGCCAGCUGGCCCUGCUGCACUUCCGGAACACCAUCACCCUUAGCGUGAAGCUGGAGGACGCGCUGGCCCGCUCCCACGCUCGUGUCCCCCCCGCCAUCGCACAGAUGCUGCUGGUGCUGCAGGGAGUCCAUGAGUCCAGGGGUGUGACCGAGGACUACCUGCGCCUGGAGACCCUGAUCCAGAAGGUGGUGUCACCGUACCUGGGCACCUAUGGCCUCUACUCCAGCGAAGGGUCCUGCACCCAUUCCUGCAUUCUUGAGAAACGGCUCCUGCGCCGCGCCCGCUCCGGGGACGUCCUAGCCAAGAACCCGGUGGUGCGAUCCAAAAGCUACAACACACCCCUGCUCAACCCCGUGGCUGAGCAUGAAGCGGAGGGCACAGCGGCUGGUGGUACAAGCAUCCGCAGGCACUCAGUCUCCGAGAUGACAUCCUGUCCUGAGCCCCAGGGCUUUGUGGACACACCUGGUCAGGGCCCCUCGGGGACCUUCAGGUCCUCUCCAACACCCCACUCAGGGCCUUGCCCCAGCAGACUCUACCCCCCUGCCCAUUCUCCCGAGCAGGGCCCAGCCCACGGCUCCCCACCCACCUCCAGCCCUGAGACCCUGGUGGACCAGAUCCUGGAGUCCGUGGACUCAGACUCCGAAGGAAUAUUCAUUGACUUUGGGCGGGGUGGUCGCUCCAGUGUGUCUGACUUUGAUGCAGCCGGAAGCCGACCGAGUGUGGUGUGAUGACCUGAGGUUAGUUCCUGUUUUUACUGGCCGGUGUAUGUGUGUGCGCGUGUCUGUAUAGGUGUGCGUGAGAGACUUGUUACUUUUCCGAAUCUCGCCAGCCCCCUUGUCACACUGCCUUGGUCACUUUAUACUCCCAGUCUGUUGGAAAACCUCUCCACUUCCCAUGCUCACGCCAGGUCUGAUUGGGACGUCCUGUUAGCACCACCCAGACAGAUACUCAGCCACCUCGAGGAUGUGGUCACCAUGUGCCCUCCUGCCUGCCCCACCCUUGGUACCCACACCUACCCAGGAAAAUGUGAAGCCAGUGGGUUCUGCCUAGGCCAGCCCAGCUUGGCCCCCACAGUGACGGGACUCACGCCACAGCCAGAUCUGCCUCCCUCUGCCCUGGGUGGCCACGAAACAGGAAGGCAUGAAAUAAAGUUACAACUCCAGG